AUGGUUCUUUUGCCGCUUUUUGAUUCUUUUUGUACUCCUCAUCUGUUGUGUACCUCUCUCAACGGGGGGGGGGGGGGGGGGGGGGGGGAGGGGGGGGGGGGGGGGGGUUGGAUGGAAGACGCUGCUCAAACAGAUGGGGAGUUAAACCCCAAAGAGACAGCCGAGCUUAUCAGAAAAGUGGAAGAGCAGUUUUUCAAGACGAUUGAAAGUAAACGCAAGGAGAGAGAAGCCAAAGAGGCUGCAGCCGCUGCCGCUCCAAUCACAGAAAAAGAAGAUGAGCCGGAUGGCGUCGAAGUGGAAGAUCAAGAAAAUGUGUCUUCUUUGGAUGAUGAAAAAGAAGCGGAAGAGUCAAUAGGCGAUCCGGAGCCUACUACGCCAGAUGAAGAAACUCCUGCAGACACUUAACUAUACGAACCAUGAUAUAACCUUGUUCGAAUUAAUAGAAACCGUUUUUGUGAUUUGGAGAUGAAUCACAUGCUGUAUGUCUACAUGAGAUAGAUAAAGAUUGCUGUUUGCAGCCACGAGCUGCCAUUGCCGAGUGCUGUACCGUUAUUCAGAUUGGGUCAAUAAUUCGGAAUAUUGCAACUGUCUAUAUAUAUGGCUGGAACUGAGCCGUACUGUCCGAAUUUUCUGGAUGAUUAGCCUUACCGAAACCGACCUAUGUUCCACUGACUUGUUUUCCAUGUGAUGGAGCCCCUUUUCUUUGUCUUUAAUGCUUGCCAAAUGGUGGUUAUUCACUCUAGAAAGUGGCAUUUAUAAAUGUUAGUGUUUCCUCUGUACCAGAAACAAAACUCCGAAGCUAGAUUUCGACACCUCACUACCAUUGAUGAAGAAAGUACUGACUGUACUUGGCAAGGUUUCUGGCAGGCCAAAUUUGAGUUGCAGUUUCAACGGCAUGUCGAAUAUGCACUACAGUUUAUGUGCUGGACUUUUUCAUAUCAACACUUGUUCUGCUGGUAUGGUUCAGUCAUUAAAAUCACUUAGGUGCAAGCUUCAGUUAUUACCCAUAUACGCUUUGCUGAUACAACUUUGCUUCAAG